AUGCGCAAUCGUUGUCGGGAGCAGCUCCGGCCAGAUGCACGCACGCGUAGAGGCCGACAUGCGCAGGAGCAGCGGGACGCAUGCGUGAAGGGGCGGCCCGCUUCUCUCCCAGCAGCCGGGCGAUUCAAACCUACCGGCUUGCCAGCCUCCAAUGCCGUGCUUCGGCGAGACGCACGCGCAGAGGCCAACGUGCGCAUGCGUGAAGGGCCUGCCCGCCGUUUCCCUUCCUUUCGCCCAGCAGCCGGGCGAUCCAGCUGUCAGCGCAUGCGCAACGCCUACCGGCUGGCCGGCCUCCGCCUGAGGAGACGCUCCGACGCCGCUCCUGCUGCGAAGCUGAGGCGGCGGCGACGACGGGCUGGAGGAGGAGCCUCCUCCGCCGGGCAAGUUCUUCGCGGGCACUGCCAUGCUUCUCCCGUCACAGCUGUGAGGCCGGGCCUGAGGAGCAGCAGCCGAGGCCGCCCUCAGUGAGCAGGCCCGCCGCCGCCAUGGCCCAGGUCGAGAAGAUGGAGUUGGACCUGGAGCUGCCGCCGGCCGGGAGUGAGGGGGGCGGCCUGAGGCGCUUCAAUAGUGCCCCACUCAUCCACGGGCUCAGGUGAGGAACGGGCCCUCCCGCUGCUCGGGGAUUACAACUCCCAUCAUUCCUACCGCACGGGACCGGUGGUCAGGGAUGAUGGGAAUCGUAGUCCUCGAACAGCUGGAGGGCCGAGUUUGAGUCUAGUUCAACCGGUAUCCCAAGAAAUGGGGCACUGCGCCAGGAAGGCGCCUUCUCCUCUUGCGCCUGGCCAUUCGCAGGAGGAGGAAUAAUAAUAAUGAUAAUAAUAAUAAUAAUAAUAAUAAUAAUAAUAAUAAUAAAUUUGUAUCCCACCCUCCCUGGCCGAGGCCGGGCUCAGAGUGUCUAACAUCAUAAAAACAACACAAUGUGCAUAAAAACAGACAUCAAUCUUAAAUCUAAAAUAAAUCUUAAAAUUAAUUCAGACAAGUUAAAAUCUGGGCAGGUGGUGAUUAUCAGGUUGGAAUUGAGAGUGGUUAAUACUUGCCAAGACCAACUGUUUCCACUGUUUAAAAUAAUAGUUAUUAUUUCAAAAAGGGCAUUGGGGUCGGUAGGAACAGAAAGGAGGCAUCACACCCCCCCCCCCCGAGGUACUGUCACCCUUUUGGCCCUCCAGCUUCUUUGGGACUGCAAUUCCCAUCAUCCCUGACCGCUGGUCCUGUGAGCUAGGGGUGAUGGGAAUUGUAGUCCCAAAGACGGCUGGAGGGCCAAGUUUGGCCAUGCCUUCUCGAAAUGAAUGGGCGCGCAGAGACUCGAGCAGACCAAGAUCCCUCGUGUGCGACGAAGCCGAACUUGAGGUUUGUGUGGGUAUUAUGAGACGUAUAGGAUGCCCAACUACUGCGCUUACAGACCCAGAGCAGAAAUGUGAAUAUUGUUUAUAGGCACCUUGCUUGUAUAUAUCCCGUAUCUUUCGCUCUAUAUGACACACUUUUUCCCCUCCAAAAAUUGAGGGGAAAUGUGUGUGCGUCCUAUGGAGCCAAUGCAGGCUCCUUGGCUUCAGCGAUAGCAACGCUAAGCCUCCGAAGUGCAGAGGGAGCGUUCCCUCCGCGCUCCGGAGGCUUCGCGUUGCUUUCGCUGAAGCCUGGAGAGUGAGAGGCGUCGGUGGGCACCGACCCCUCUCGCUCUCCAGGCUUCAGGGAUAGCCGCCUGAAGGCCUUCCUGCUGCGUUCUGGAGGCUUCAGGUUCCUUUUGCUGAAGGCAGGAGAGUCUUGCUCUCCCGGCUUCAGCAAAAGGAACCCGAAGCCUGAGGAGCGCAGUGGGAACUUGCGCUGCGCUCGGAAGGCUUCAGGGAUAGCCGUGCGCAGCCCCUUUGGCAGGGAGAGGCUGCGCGGGGCUAAAGAGGAAGCCAAAACCGAGCGGGAUCUAUUCCGCUUGCUGUCUUGGCUUGUGCCAUAGCCGCGUGCAACCACUCCGGCAGGGAGAGGUUGCGCUGGGCUAAAGAGGAAGCCAAAACAGCGAGCAGGAUCCAUUCCGCUCGCUGUCUUGGCUUAUGCCAUAGCUGCGUGCAACCCCUCCGGCAGGGAGAGGCUGCUCAGGGCUAAGGCUUCUUUAGCCCCGUGCAGCCUCUCCUGGCUGGAGAGGUUGCGCGCAGCUAAAGAGGAAGCCAAGACACCGCUGUCUUGGCUUGUGCCAUAGCCGCAUGCAACCCCUCCGGCAGGGAGAGGUUGCGCGCAGCCUGUACACUGCUCUUUGGGGCUGGGGGGGAAAUGCGAUUUUCCCCCUUGAUCUCCCCCUGUAAAAACUAGGUGCCCCCUAUGGUCCGGUGCGCCUUAUGGAGCGAAAAAUACGGUAUAUAUGCGAUGGAAGGCUUAAAAGUGGUUUUUGCGCCAGGUGAGCUGGGGGUUCCCCUGGAGGAAAAGCAGGGUGGAUUUGAUUUAAAUCAAAUCAAUUUAAAUCACGAUUAAAAUCACUAGUCAGUAAGGCUUGAUUUAAAUCCUCUUUUUUUUUUUUUACAGAAAUGUUCAACCUUGCUGAAAUCUUCUUCAUAUUGACAACCAGAGGAAGGUUUCGUUUUUGGAAGAAUAAAUUUUCAGAAUAGUUUUUACAGUUACAUCAAAAAUGACUGAUUUGGUUAUACUAUUAGAAAUGCAUACAGAUAAUUGUGAAAUUAUUGUUUCUAUUUGGACAUUGUACUUGAUUGGAAGGAGAAAAAUAAUCAUUUCCUUCAUAACAAUUUAAACAAUUUAUUUCACUAAAACAAUAACAUGAUAAACAUGAUGGGCCAUGCCUGGUUUAAAGCAUACAGUUAAAACACAAAUAAAGGAUCUGGAGAGCACAUUGGAAUGUUGUUCUACUUUACGCUACCUAAGGUCACAGGGAAUUGGUAUCCUAUAGACCAGCGAUGGCCAAACUCGGCCCUCCAGCUGUUUUGGGACUACAACUCCCAUCAUCCCUAGCUAACAGGACCAGUGGUCAGGGAUAACGGGAGUUGUAGUCCUAAAACAGCUGGAGGGCCGAGUUUGGCCACCACUGCUAUAGACGUCUGUUACAAUGGGCAAUUACAGUGGUGCCUCGCAAGACGAAAUUAAUUCGUUCCGCGAGUUUUGUCGUCUUGCGAUUUUUUUCGUCUUGCGAAGCACGGUGUCGGGAAAGUUUUGGAAAAGCUUCAAAAAUCACCAAAGUCUUUAAAAACCUAAAAAAAGGCUACCACACCGUGUUCUAUGAGUUGCUCCUCAAAGUCAAGUCGCAACUGUAUUAACGGUGUUAAGAAAAAGGAAACAAACUUGCAGGAUGUUUCCGUCUUGCGAAGCAAGCCCAUAGGGAAAAUCGUCUUGCGAAGCAGCUCAAAAAACAAAAAACCCUUUCGUCUAGCGAGUUUUUUGUCUUGCGAGGCAUUCGUCUUGCGAGGUACCACUGUAACCUGUUGAUAUCAGUGGGGCUCCUGUUUUGUUGGCAUCUGUCUGUCUUGGGAGACAAUAGAGGACUGGGCCUGUUGAAUGGCCUCAUUCGUAAUAAUUUCAAACGGAGGGCUUCUUGUUUCACAGCUCAUACUCUUAGCCAACAUACUGCUAUUCCACUAGUAAUUAAUAAUGCUAAUAAUUUAUUAUUUAUAUCCCGCCCAUCUGGCUGGGCUUCCCCAGCCACUCUGGGUGUCUUCCAACCGAAUAUUAAAAACACAAGACAGCAUCAAGCAUUAAAAAACUUCCCUAAACAGGGCUGCCUUCAGAUGUCUUUUAAAAGUCAGAUAGUUGUUUAUUUCUUUGAGGGAGGGCGUUCCACAGGAAGGGAGCCACUAGCGAGAAGGCCCUCUGCCUGGUUCCCUGUAACCCCAUAUCUCUCAGGGAGGGAUCCGCCAGAAGGCCCUCGGUGCUGGACCUCAGUGGAACGGUGGGCUGGAGACGCUCCUUUGGGUAUACAGGAUCGAGGCUGUUUAGGGCUUUCAAGGUCAGCACCGACACUUUGGAUUGUGCCUGGAAACGUCCUGGGAGCCAAUGCAUAUCUCUCAGGACCAUUGUUACAUGGUCUUGGUAAGGUUUUAUUUUACAGAAAGGUUCAACCUCGCUAGCAUCCUAAUCAUACUGACACACAGAAGAAGGUUUCCUUUUGGGAACAAUGAAAUCCUUUAUUUACACAAAGGUUCAGCCUCGCUGGCAUCCUCUUAACACACUUUGAAUUGUGCCUGGAAACGUCCUGGGAGCCAAUGCAGGUUUCUCAGGACCGGUGUUGUAUGGUCUUGGUGGCCGCUCCCAGUCCCCAAUCUAGCUGCUGCAUUCUGGAUUAAUUACAGUUUCCGGGUCAGCUUCAAAGGCAUCCCCACAUAGAGCGCAUGGCAGCAGUGUGGCCAGGAUCCAAAGUGCUACAGGUGGUAUUGUGCUAGCUGUGCAUGGGAGCUACAUAUUUGUAUAGAGCUAGCAAUAUGCGUGGCACAUUUUAGAACAAACCAAGCAGCCUCUUCCAAAGUUGAUAGUCGACAUUUGGAUGGGAGAGAAGAGGGUGGGAAGGGAAGAGUAGUCAAUCAGGAAUUUAGAAUCGUAUGUAAGACAGCUGCAUAACGUAAUAGAUGCUUUCGCUUCUUUCAGUGACAAUUCCCAGGUCUUUCAGCCUCACGUCUUGCGCACCCUCUGGAACAGCACAACGGUUGUGAACCGGCACAGCAUGGUAAGCACUGGUGAGGUACAAAGCGCAUUCGAACCCCAGGGGUUUGUGGAAGAGGGAGGCUGUGUGGGAGCCUGACAGACAGGCGGCGAAGGCCCCGUUGCAUUUCCAUCAAAGCUGAAUUGGUGGUUGUGCUGUCAGCCCUUGACUCUAAUAUUAUUUCAUGCAUAUCAGUUGAUAUCUUGACCCUCCUCCAUGAAAAUAGCUGUUUACUUGGCCGUUUUCCUAUGUUGUGAAGGCUGAAAUUUCAAUUCAGUGGAGCAGGGUCAAUAUAUUAACUGAUAUGCAUGAAAUGUCAGAGAUAGCUAUAUAAUCCCUAGUGUAGUAACAUAAGACCUUUGGAGCAGGCAUUUUUUUUAAAAAAGUUUUUUAUGAACCGCCCUAAUCAGGGAACCACUUUUUGAGGUGGCAAAAGUGAUGUCUUCAUCGCCAGUUGCAAUUUCCAGCUCCUGCCAGCCAACUCCAUCAGGAGGAGGCCAUAAGGCAUCAUCUUCUUUCGUGAUUUCACCAUCAUCAAUUAUCCUCUUUAUUUGUAUUUAUUUUUGUUCAAAUUUUAUUCAUUUUCAAUCACAACCUUCCAAUUAAUGACAAAUCAAAUCAAACCAAUCCAGAUUACAGUAAUAGCAGUGCACCAAUUAUAUAUUCCAAUUGUAAAAAAAAAUUAAAAAUUGGGACUUCCCGUGUUCCGGAUGUCUGGAGAUAACAGUCCUCAUUCGCAUCUCUGCAUUUCCGGCUAUUGUUCAAAUUCAAUACUAAUAUUAUCCACCCUCAUUCUGAAUCUGAUCAGUCGUCGUUUCUGUGGCUCACAUCUUCUGUAGCAAAGCUUUUAUGCAUAUGUAUUAUGCAUAUUGUAUUUUUUCUGUGAUGUUAACCGCUCUGAGCCUGGCUCCGGCCGGGGAGGGCGGGGUACAAAUAAAUUAUUAUUAUUAUUAUUAUUAUUAUUAUUUUGUUAACACACAGGAGGCAUGUUUUUCCCCUCCCCAUCUUAUUCUCUGCCCAAUUAUUUGGGUGUUCAGUCCUCUCUCCUUUGUUUGUCAAGUUCUCAUUAAAGGCACUGGGCUUCAUUCCAAAAAUAAGAGUUUUUAAAUGGCAAGUCAACAACUUCUCUCUGGUGUCUCCUAAUGAGCUGGUGUCCGUGUAUGUCUGUAUAUAAUGCUGUGUUGUGGGGCAUGCUUCCUGGCUGUGUAUUACGUGGAAAUUAUUUAAAUUCCUCCAAGAACAAAAGGACCCCCCCCAAGCUCCUCCGGGUUGAUCAUCCUCUUUACUUCUUGAGUACGCAUGCUUCUUUUCUGAUCCAGACAUCAUUUUUACAAUUGCUGCCGUUUGCAUGUCUCAGUUUCUCAUCAGGGCGGAACUCGAACUCGAGUCCGGACUUCCUCUCGUGCCCGACAUAAUCACGCAAAUAGAAAUUGCAAAUAGAAAUAUGGCCUGCCAAGAAUCCCUGCUCUGUAGCGUAACUAUUCAUGGCAUAUCUCAGGACUGGAGUUGUUGAGCUUUUUUUACACUUUUACCCCAAAGCUGUUGAGCUGUUUUUCAGAUGGAAGUUGUAGAGCUUUUUUUAGGAUUGAUGCUGCUGAGCUUUUUUUACAAUUUUAACCCAAAGUUGUUGAGCUUUAUUUAGGAUUGAAGUUGUGCUUUUUUUACGAUUUUGCCCCAAAGCUGUUGAGCUUCUUUUAGGAUUGAAGUUGUUGAGCAUGCAGUAAACUUUGUUUCCUCUUUCCAUGACUUUUUGCAAGAUGAGGAACUUGCAAUUUUCUGUCUUGCAAAGAGGCAAGCUGAUAGCAUUUUCAAUGGCAGGAAUAAAUUCAGCUAAUUUUGCCCCAAGAUUGAAUUAGCUUUAGUAUCAAUCUCUACAUGGUAGGCUAAAGUGUCAAUCAUCUCCACCAGAUAAACAGAUGAGCAGUGAGAAGAAUAAGUUUUGCAGCUGAAAUUCCACAUAUAAAUAAUGCUUCAACUCUUCUUAGCCACCAAUGAAGGUGUUUUCAGGUUCUAUCAUUGUUAAAAUAUUUAGAGUACUGUAUUUUUCGCUUGAUAAGAUGCACUUUCUUUCUCCUAAAAAGUAAGGGGAAAUGUCUGUGCGUCUUAUUGAGCGAAUGUGUGGGCCCUGGAGCCGGCUGGCCCAAGUGCAGCGGCGAAAAUCAGAUCGCGUGUCACAGAGGAGGGAAGGCUGCAGAGAGGAGGCUGCUGGGGUUCCUGUAUCGGGCAUACUUUGGUGUGUGUGUGGAGGCGUGUGAGUCGUGUUGCUGCACGGGAGAGCGCAUGGUUAAAGGGGGAGCUUGAGUGUCCUUGUGUGUGGAGCCUCUCAAUCUGUACGGCAUCCCAAGGCUACCGUCUGUUCAUCAGCCCUGUUCCCCUUGCCUAAUUAUUGUAGCGCCUUCCUAAGGAUUCAAUUGCGACUCCUAUUUUGUUUUGCGCUCCCCGCUGCGUAUGGUUUUAACUGGGCGAUUAAAGUCAGCCGCUGCUCUGCUCUUUUUGUUCUUGUCCCUUUCUGGCAGGGAGCGCACAGCCGCAGUGAACUCCUUUCCUGCCCCCUGCCUCAGGGUCUUACUGCCCACCCUCUUUUGUUUUUGGUUGAUGUGUUUGCUCGGAUUGGGCCAGCAAUGGCCCAUUCCCCUUGCUCAGAGUGUCUGCUUGCUGUGAGGUGACGCAGCUAGGAAGGAAUUAGCAGGCAGACACGAUCGUUUCCCCUUCCGUUGCUCAGCACAGGCUGUGGCAGCGUCACCUCACAGCAAGCAGACACGCUAAGCAAGGAGACUGGUAGCAGACAAAUGCAACAAAGAGCAGGGAAGUCCCUUGCCCUCCUGGCAAGCAGAGGGGAAAGGAUCGCGUCCUUCCUGCUAAUUCCUUCCUAGUCACCCUGCGCGCAGGCUCCAGCCCACCCGGCUCAGGUUCCGUCAGCUAGAAGCACAACUGACAGCUGCUGCUGCCGCCGCCUCCUCUCCGUGCUCCAGUGCUUCUGCUGCUGCGUCCAGGGAAGCAUUCUAGGGAAGCGCAGGCAGCCAGAAAACAUGCAGGUGGGAGAUAGAGAGAGGGGGCUGGCUUGGGGGGGGGGGACUUUUGCUUUCCUUUCCUCCCUCCCGUUAAACCCCUCUCCUGCAUUGUUAGCCAGCUCCUUCUCCACACACCCCUCUCGUGCUCCUUGUCCCUUCUGUGUUUUUCCUUCCCUCCCCACUUAAAACGUGGUUACAAAGCACAGAUCCACAUGGAUCCUCAGGAUCUUUGCAUUGGGUCACCCCAAAUUCAACAUCAGAUCACAUAGCAUGUCCAUGGGUACAGCCUGUACCAAAAAAAUCAUGCACCCACUGUUGCCUGGGGCCGCAGUGGCGCAAAAAUGUGGUUACAAAGCACAGAUCCACAUGGAUUCUCAGGAUUUUUGCAUUGGGCUACCCCAAACUCACCGUCAAAUCACAUGUCUGUGGCCACAGCAUGAAGCACAAAAAUCAUACAUCAUUGUUUCAUUCAGAAUAUUUUUUUUCUUGUUUUCCUCCUCUAAAAACUAUGUGCGUGUUAUGGUCAGGUGCGUGUUAUAGAGCGAAAAAUAUGGCAAUAUUACCUUCCUUUGCAACAGAUUUAUAUGAUGGAGUUUGAUCGCAUCUGCAUGAGAGAAACUGUCAUUCCUCUUUCCUUUUAAGAAGUGAAUAUUCUUUCAAUGCUGUAAAAAUAAGGAGUUUUCAGGGCCACAUGCCUUGGAGCAGAGGCUGAGUGGUAGUGUAUUUUUCCUCCAUUAAAAUGGGUGGAAUGCAUAUCUACCAUAAUCAAUAGUCCUGGGGAGGUUACAGCUGUGGAAAUAUUAGUGUUCUUCAGGGUGGAUUUGAUUUAAAUCAAAUCGAUUUAAAUCACGAUUUAAAGCAGUAGUCCAUAACGCUUGAUUUAAAUCCUUUUUUACAGAAAGGUUCACCCUUGCUGGCAUCCUCUUCAUAAAAACAGAAUACUGAAGGUACACUUUAACAGGGUGGAUUUGAUUUAAAUCAAAUCAAUUUAAAUCACUAUUUAAAUCACUAGUCAGUAAGACCUGAUUUAAAUCCUUUAUUUACAGAAAGGUUCAACCUUGCUGGCAUCCUCUUCAUAUUGAAAACCAGAGGAAGGUUUCAUUUUUGGAAGAAUAAAUUUUCAAAGUAGUUUUUACCAUCACAUCAAAAAUGAUUGAUUUGAUUCUACUAUCAGAAACACAUAGAUCAUUAUGAAAUUAUUGUUCCUGUUUGGACAACUUUUCUGCUGUACUUGAUUGGAAGGAGAAAAAUCAUCAUUUCCUUCACCACAAUUUAAAACAUUUAUUUCUCUAAGACAAUAACAUGGUAGCAUAUGGAUCCGUGUUUGUUAACUGAUGUGGUUAAACUAUUAGAAAUGCAUUGAAAGAUAAUUAUGAAAUUAUUGUGAGGUUUAUUCUGUGUCCAGGGCAGCUGUUUAUCAGCUCCAUCUGGUACGCAGGCUGAGACCCUACCUGUCCGCGGACUGUCUCGCCAGAGUGGUGCAUGCUCUGGUUAUCUCUCGCUUGGACUACUGCAAUGCGCUCUAUGUGGGGCUACCUUUGAAGGUGACCCGGAAAAUACAAUUAAUCCAGAAUGUGCUAGCUAGACUGGUGACUGGGAGCGGCCGCCGAGACCACAUAACACCGGUCUUGAAAGACCUAAACUGGCUCCCAGUACUUUUCCGAGCACAUUUCAACGUGUUGGUGCUGACCUUUAAAGCCCUAAACGGCCUCGGUCCAGUAUACCUGAAGGAGCGUCUCCACCUCCAUCGUUCUGCCCGGACACUGAGGUCCAGUGCCGAGGGCCUUCUGGCGGUUCCCUCACUGCGAGAAGCCAAGUUACAGGGAACCAGGCAGAGGGCCUUCUCGGUAGUGGCGCCCGCCCCGUGGAACGCCCUCCCACCAGAUGUCAAAGAGAAAAAUAACUACCAAACCUUUAGAAGACAUCUGAAGGCAGCCCUGUCUAAGGAAGCUUUUAAUGUUUAAUAGGUUAUUGUAUUUUAGUGUUUUGUUGGAAGCCGCCCAGAGUGGCUGGGGGGACCCAGCCGGAUGGGUGGGGUAUAAAUAAUAAAUUAUUAUUAUUAUUACUAUUAUUUAAUAAGUUAACCGUUUAUAUUUGGACAACUUUUCUGCUGUACUUGAUUGGACGGUCCAUCUGUUAAUGGACAGCCGUCCUGACUCGGCCCCAGACACACUGAUCAGAUGUUUGGAAGCUGUGGCUGGAUGGUUACGUGGGAGCCGGUUGAAGUUAAAGCCUUCGAAGCCAGAGGUCCUUUGGCUGGGUCGGGACAAUAUGGGAUUGGGGGGCCAACUCCCAUCUCUUGCGGGGUUGCAAUUAGUGCCAGCGUCAUCCAUUAAAAGUUUGGGUGUAAUCUUCGACAUCUAUGAAGGCGCAGGUUGCAGCUAUAACAAAGGUGGCAUUUUUUCAUCUCCGCCAAGCUAAGCAGUUGGCUCCUUACCUCUCUCGCCCUGACCUCGCCACUGUGAUCCAUGCAACGGUCACCUCCAGGCUUGAUUAUUGUAACUCACUGUACGUGGGGCUGCCCUUGAGACUGACCCAGAACUUCAGCGGGUGCAGAAUGCUUGGCUUCUCGCAGUAUACCUUCAGGUAUACUGGACCGAGGCCGUUUAGGGCUUUAAAGGUCAGCACCAACACUUUGAAUUGUGCUUGGAAACGUACUGGGAGCCAGUGUAGGUCUUUCAAGACCGGUGUUAUAUGGUCUUGGCGGCCGCUCCCAGUCACCAGUCUAGCUGCCGCAUUUUGGAUUAGUUGUAGUUUCCAGGUCACCUUCAAAGGUAGCUCCACGUAGAGCACAUUGCAGUAGUCCAAGCAGGAGAUAACCAGAGCAUGCACCACUCUGGCGAGACAGUCUGCGGGCAGGUAGGGUCAGAUGGAGCUGAUAAACAGCUGCCCUGGACACAGAAUUGAUUUGCACCUCCAUGGACAGCUGUGAGUCCAGAAUGACUACCAGGCUGCGUACCUGGUCCUUCAGGGGCACAGUUACCCCAUUCAGGACCAUGGAGUCCUCCACACCCGCCCUGUCCCCCCAAAACAGUACUUCUGUCUUGUCAGGAUUCAACCUCAAUCUGUUAGCCACCAUCCAUCCUCCAACCGCCUCCAGGCACUCACACAGGACCUUCACCGCCUUCACUGGUUCCAAUUUGAAAGAGAGGUAGAGCUGGGUAUCAUCCGCAUACUGAUGAACACCCAGCCCAAACCACCUGAUGAUCUCUCCCAGCGGCUUCAUGUAGAUGUUGAAAAGCAUGGGGGAUAGGACAGAACCCUGAGGCACCCCACAAGUGAGAGCCCAGGGGUCUGAACACUCAUCCCCCACCACCACUUUUGGAACACGGUCACGGAGGAAGGAGCGGAACCACUGUAUGACAGUGCCCCCAGCUCCCAGCCCCUCUAGAUGGUCCAGAAGGAUGUUAUGGUCGAUGGUAUCAAACGCCGCUGAGAGAUCCAGCAGAACUAGGAAACAGCUCUCACCUUUGUCCCUAGUCCGCCGGAGAUCAUCAACCAGUGUGACCAAGGCAGUUUCAAAGGCAGUUUCAGCCCCAUGAUGAGGCCUGAAUCCCGACUGGAAGGGAUCCAAAUGGUCCGCUUCUUCCAGGUGUGCCUGGAGUUGUUCAGCAACCACUCGCUCAAUCACCUUGCCCAAGAAUGGAAGAUUUGAGACUGGGCACACAAAAACUUUAAACAAAUCCUUAUUUCCUGAUGAAUAGCCUUUGGACUAUAAUGUCACUUAAAUAGAAAAUCUUGACAAAGAUUUUUUCUUCGAAAGCGUUUUAUUUUCAAAAUCCGAUUUACCGUAUACCAUGUAUAAGACACCCCCUAUUUUGGGGGACUCCAAAUUAAGCAAACACCCCUCAGCACUACCCGUGUAGAAGACGAGCCCCAAUUUUAAACCUAUCUUUUUUUGUAAAAAACCCUAGUCUUAUAGAUGGAAAAAUAUGGUAAAACCAAAAAAUCCGAUUUAAAUAUUUUAAAAAUCCGAUUUAAAUAUUUUAAAAAUCCGAUUUAAAUAUUUUAAAAAUCCGAUUUAAAUUUUUAAAAAUUGAUUUUUUUUAUUUAAAAAAAAAUCAUUGAUUUUAAUCCACCCUGGCAUUCUUACUAUACAAUUCUGUGGGCAGUUUUUAUUAGCGGCUCAUCUUUCCUUCUUUACAAAGUGGCAUGCCAGGUUCUUGAGUGAGUGUUGGCUUUCAGCCCAACCAAAGCAAGGUAACUUCUGAAAGGUCUGUGUCUUCCUUCUCUCCCACAGCUGGUCUCUUCCUCUACAAUUUGUAUUCCCAGCAGCCGACUCCAUCAGAUCAGGAGGGUAAGCAACAUUUCACUUCUACAGGUGCUGUCAUCGAAGUACAAACAUAUAUAAAGGUUCUUUGGAAUUGGUCUCAAUAAUAUCUCGGUUAUUCGAAGAAAACAAUUGUUUUGCAGAAAUUAAGACUAUAAUGGAAAUUGUUUGAAGAUUAUAUGUCCAGACACUGCUCAAAAAAUAAUACGUUGAUAUGUGUGGAUUAAUGCUUGUAAAGUCGAGUAAGAAUAAAUAAUAAUAAGUUAAGAGAGUUAAGAAACAAAGAUAUAAAUUGCAAUGUGAAAUACAGUAAUACUGUACAAAAGAAGGUGAAUGUUGGUGGAGGGAAGUCACAAGGGUGUUUUAAUGUUUGUAAUUGGUGUCAGUAGCGUAUGUGAAAUAUUUCUGUUUUCCUGUUGGUUUGUAUAUAAAAUAAAAUAAAAUUUAAAUAAUAAUAAUGUAUUUCUACUGUGCCCAUCUGGCUGGGUUUCCCCAGCCACCCUGGGCGGCUUCCAACAGAACACUAAAAACAUAAUAAAACAGGCAUAGGCAAACUUGGCCCUCCAGCUGUUUUGGGACGACAACUCCCAUCAUCCCUAGCUAACAGGAACAGUGGUCAGGGAUCAUGGGAGUUGUAGUCCGAAAACCUCUGGAGGGCCGAGUUUGCCUAUGCCUGGAAGAAGGGGCAGGGGAGUUCAGGGUGGGGCGGGCGGGCAGGCUUCCUCGCUGGCAUCCUCUUAAUAUUGACAACUAGAGGAAAGUUUCCUGUACUUCGCCGUUGAGGGCUUUCAAGGUCUGCACCGACACUUGGAAUUGUGCCCCAAAACGCCCCGGGAGCCUAUGCAGGUCUUUCAGGACAAGUGUUAUGUGGUCUCGGCGGCUGCUCCCAGUCCCCAGUCUAGCUGCCGCAUUCUGAAUUAAUUGCGGUUUCCAGGUCACCAUCAAAGGUAGCCCCACGUAGAGCAUGUUGCAGUAGUCCAGUGAUGGCCAAAUUUGGCCCCCUCCAGCUGUUUUGGGACUACAACUCCCAUCACCCCUAGCUCACAGAACCAGGGGUCGGGGAUGAUGGGAGUUGUAGUCCCCAAACAGCUGGAGGGCCAAGUUUGGCCAUCACUGCAGUAGUCCAAGCGGGAGAUAACCAGAGCAUGCACCACUCUGGUGAGACGGCUGGCAGGGAGCUGGUUUCUGCUGCUGCAGAGGGUCGAGAUGUGAGCUUCCAGGUUUGAAAGCUUCCUGCAGACAGAAAACGAGCAUGUUGGGGGAAAAUGUAUCUUCCUGAUACAUUUAUGUUUUGUGUGCAUCUGCGCGGUUAUUUAUAAUCAAACGCAUACAGUGGUACCUCGGGUUAAGUACUUAAUUCGUUCCGGAGGUCCGUUCUUAACCUGAAACUGUUCUUAACCUGAAGCACCACUUUAGCUAAUGGGGCCUCCUGCUGCUGCCGGAGCACAAUUUCUGUUCUCAUCCUGAAGCAAAGUUCUUAACCUGAAGCACUAUUUCUGGGUUAGCAGAGUCUGUAACCUGAAGCGUAUGUAACCUGAAGCGUCUGUAACCCAUGGUACCACUGUAUUACCCUAUCCUCUGUGAUGGUACAGUUUGGCUGCACCAUGCAAUUCUGCUGAUACACCCUGGUGCAAAUUUAUGUAUUUUUUCCGUGUAUAAGACUAGGUUUCCCCCCAAAAAAUUAGGGGGGGCGUCUUAUACUCGGAUAUAUCUUCCACCCAUUUUCUUAAAUCUGAUUCCCCCAAAAUAGUCUUAUACAGUGGGACCUCAGGUUACAUACGCUUCAGGUUACAGAACAUGCUGAUUCCUGGACCGUCUGCAGGCCAGAUUGAAAAGGCGAUUGGGCCGGAUCCGGCCCCCGGGCCAUAGUUUGCCUACCCAUGCUGUUGAUUUUCAGAUCCCCGCACCACACUCGAGCAUAGCUGUGCAGUCUUACAGCGCAGAGGCGACUUUCUGCAUAUAGCCCACCAAUUCUCCAUGGGAUUGUCGGGGGAAUUUCCUGGCUAAUCAAGUAUCUGUCUUUGCUGCUCUGUCGUGAAUUUCUUCGCCGCUUUCGAUAUGUGACAGGGAGCUAGGUCCUGCUGCAAUAUCUCAGUACCGUCAGGAUACCUCUUUCUCAGCUCUGGAAUAACUCUCUUUCGUAGAACCUCAAUAGAUUGUGGCAAGCUCAUCGUUCCUCCUAUUGGCUGCAGGCUUCCGACACCACAAUGACCAACUGGCUUUUCAUGUUUGUUUUGAGUACAGGAUAGCGAGUGAGAUAGAAAAUAUUCUUUGUUUCAGUUCAUUUGCACAAGGCUGUAUAGGAUGUAGCAGUGGUGGCCAAACUUGGCCCUCCAGAUGUUUUGGGACUACAACUCCCUUCAUCCCUGGCCUCUGGUCCUGUUAGCUAGGGAUGAUGGGAGUUGUAGUCCCAAAACAGGCAUCCCCAACCUGCGGCCCUCCAGAUGUUUUGGCCUACAACUCCCAUGAUCCCUAGCUAACAGGUCCAGUGGACAGGGAUGAUGGGAAUUGAAGUCCAAAACAUCUGGAGGGCUGAGUUGGCCGAUGCCUGAUAUAGGAUAUAUGGUUGAUAUAGGAAGUGAUAUUUUGUGGAGCAGGAAGUCAUUAAGAACUAAGCUGUGAAUUCUUGUACUCCAGGAGGAAGGAGUGGAUUUGAUGAACAGAGAAGCGGCACAUGAAAGGUAGGUGCAACUGAACUGCUGUCUUAAAAAAAAAGGAGCAAAUAUACCCACAACGUAACUUGCUGUGUUUAACUGUAUAAAUUAUUUAUACAUCAUAUAAAUAUAACUCUUUUCACAUUAUCUAAUUGAGUAGAAGCAAUUAAAGACCAACAUUUAGAACAGGAAAUACAAAUAGAUCAGUUCUUAUAUACGUAAUGUCCAAAUAGAAGCUUUUGUGUUCCAUGUAUGUACAAAUGAAUCAGUUUUUUUAAAGGUAAUGUCCAAAUAAAAGCUUUUUGUGUUCCAUGUAUGUCUUUACAAAUACAAGUGUCAGACGCGACAACUUUAAGAAGCAGUACUUGCAGAAAAUGAACUUGUUCUUUGUAAUGUUCCACAUAUGCCUUUGCAAAGUAUAGUUGUUGUAUGCAGUUGCUGUAAAAAAAAAGAAGAAGCGACUGUGUUCUCUUGUCACCACUGAUGAGCCUUUUUGUGUUUUAGGGAAGUCCAAACAGCACUGCAGAUAAGCCAAUCAUGGGAAGAAAGCUUGAGCCUGGUAAUCUUUUUACAGAUGUUUAAUAUUUUAAUUUAAUUUAAUUUAAUUUAAUUUAACCAGUGAGCUUAGAGUGGGGAAUGAAGUGAUUGGCUGUGCUCUUUUUCACUGAGAUUUUUGCAGCGCAGCCCCAUGAGGCUGUCAACAUGACCCUUUUGUGUUCUCAGAGUGACAACGACUUGGACAAAUCGGAAAAAUCCUCGUCUCCAAAGAGGAUAGACUUCAUUCCCAUCUCUCCGGCACCUUCGCCCACGAGGGGGAUUGGAAAGGUACGCCAGAGAGCUUCCUCAGUUUAGGAGUCGCAAGGGAGGUGGCAGUGUGGGAAGACUUUUCUAUACAGCAGGGACGCCCAACUCCCGAUAGACUGUGAUCUACUCUCGCAGUAUAAAAAAAACUGGCCGGGAUCUACCCAUUGUCGUUGGAUGGAUCAAAGUUGUGGAGCUUUUUUUUGGGAAGCCAAAGUGGUUGACCUUUUCCCCUGGAAGAAAAUGAAUGAAGGAGACGGAAUAUAUAAAUGAAUGGAACGAAAUACAUGAAUGAAUGGUACGGAAUAUAUGAAUGAAUGAAUGAAUGGAACAGAAUAUAUGAAUGAACAGAACAGAACGAGCGUUGCGAUUCACACAGAACAUAAUCAAAGGUCACUUAUAUAUAAUACACAGUUGAGGGUCCUGAAUCCGCAGUCCGAUAGUGCAGGGACAGCCAACUCCCGAUAGACUGCGAUCUACUCAGUAUUAAAAAAAAAACUGGCCGGGAUCUACCCAUUGUUGUUGGGUGGAUCACAGUUGUGGAGCUUUCCCCCCCCAGAAGCAAAUGAAUGAAGGAGACGGAAUAUAUGAAUGAAGGGAACGGAAUAUACGAAUGAAUGGAACUGAAUAGAUGAAUGAAUGGAACUGAAUGAGCAUUGCGAGAUACACAGAACAUAAUCAAAACUUGAUUAUAUAAAACACAGUGGAGGGUCCUGAAUCCACAGUCGGAUAGUGGAACUUAAUUUGAUGGCCCACUUUUUUGCUAGGGAGCAAAAGUGGCUGAUCUUUUUUGGGGAAGGCAAAGUUGUUCAGCUUUUCUUAGGAAGCCAGAGUGGUUGAGCUUUAUUGAGGAUGCAGUAGUUGUUGAGCUUAUUUUAUUGUGUGUGGGGGGGGGGGGGAGAUCCCUGAGGGACCAGAGAUCGACCAGGAACACCCCACGAUCUACUAGUAGAUCGUGAUCUACCUGUUGGACGUGCCUAUUAUACGGGAACUAAAUGAUAUUUAGUGGUCUUUGGGAGUCCUCAGAUCUUUUGGACUGAUAAGCUCAUUCAUAAUCUUCAGACAGGGCUGUGGACACCAACCCUUCUGGUUGCUUUUGUCAAGAACUGGAGGGAUCAAUAUUUUGCAAUAUGUUUAUAAAACUUCAUUUUUUCCUAUCAUUUUUAUUAGUUUUUUGUAAACAUUUUAAACAUAGCAUUCAACUUAUAUAUAACAUAGAAAACAUUUGGCUAAAACAGCCGGAGACUUCCCUCCUCCUUGACUAAUGGUUUUCUGUGUAUAAGACUAGGCCCCCCCCCUAAAAAAUAAUGUCAAAAAUUUGGGGGCGUCUUAUACACAGAUACGUCUUCCCCCCAUUUUCUUAAAUCGGAUUUCCCCAAAAUAGGGGGUAUUUCCUACAUGGGGGCAUCUUAUGGGCAGAAAAAUAAAGGUAAAGGUACCCCUGCCCGUAUGGGCCAGUCAUGUCCGACUCUAGGAUUGCGUGCUCAUCUCGCUCUAGAGGCCGUGAGCCGGCGCCGUCUGAAGACACUUCCGGGUCACGUGGCCAGCGUGACGAAGCUGCAGCUGGCGAGCCAGCACCAGCGCAGCACACGGAAACGCUGUUUACCUUCCCGCUAUAAAGCGGUCCCUAUUUAUCUACUUGCACUUAAGAGUGCUUUCGAACUGCUAGGUGGGCAGGAGCUGGGACCGAACGACGGGCGCUCACCCCGCCGCGGGGAUUCGAACCGCCGACCAUACGAUCGGCAAAUCCUAGGCACUGAGGUUUUACCCACAGCGCCACCCGCGUCCCUAGGCAGAAAAAUACAGUACUAUUAAAUCCAAAUUGUAAAUUGACCAUUUUUAAAUUACCGUAUUUUUCUGUCUAUAAGGCGCCCCCAUGUAUAAGAUGCCCCCUAUUUUUAGGGACUCAGAUUUAAGAAAAUGGCGGGAGAUGGCCCCCAUGUAUAAGAUGCCCCUCAAUUUUGGACACUAUUUUUUAGGGGGGAAACCUAGUCCUAUAGACGGAAAAAUACGGUACUAUUAAAUCCUAAUUAUAAAUCAACCAUUUUACACUUUGCAAUAAUGGAUAAAGUCCACCUUACAAAACUUCUGGCAACCUUCCUAGCGAAGUUAGUUUUUUACAAUUGUCUUUCAAGUAUUCUGUAAAUUUAUUCCAAUAUUUCAGGAAAGUCUGGUCUUGCUGGUUCUGAAUUUUCCCUGCAAGUUUCGCCAGCUUGCCAUAGUCCAUUAAUUUCGUCUGCCCCUAUUCUUUCGUUGGGAUCUCUUGUAUGCUUCCAGCGUUGGGCUAAUAAUAUUCUUGCUGCAGUUCUUGCAGAUAAAAACAGUCUUUUAUCUUGCUUAUGUAUUUCAUUACCUACAAUGCCUAGUAAGAAGGCUUCUUGGUUUGUUUUUUAAAAUAAAUAUAUAUUUUAACAUUUUUUAAAAGUUCAUUAUAAAUCAUUUCCCGGAAAGCUUUCACCUCCUUACAGACCCACCACAUAGUUUAAAAGUACCUUCCUUUUCUUUACGUUUCCAACAACAAUUCCUUGUUUUAUGCAUUUCAGUUAAUUUCGCUGGUGUUGAUAUGUUGAUAAAACUUCUUAUUUCUAACGACAGAAACAUCAUUUCAGGUGCUUUUCAAUGCUGUGCUUGUCUUUCCUAGCAAUGCUUCUCUCCCUCCCUGCAAAUGUUUGUGUGUAGUAAUGGAUUGCCUCCAAGCCCAACUCCUAGCCCCAUAAGGAGAUUUUCAAAGUAAGUCAGUAUAUCUGCUGAAGCGUUUCUUAGUAAUCAGUUUGACUUCUGUACUGUUAACUUAUACAUGACCUAUGCCUGCAAAUGGAACAGAUCAGGGUGGAUAAAAAGCAAUGAUUUAAAUAUAUAUAUGUCAAAAAAGAUUUUUUUAUUUAAAUCGGAUUUUUUAAGAAAAUUAAAUCAGAUUUUUAAAAUAAAAUGCUUUUGGAGGAAACAUCUUUCUAAAGAUAGUUUUCUAUUUAACUGACAUUCGAGUCCAAAGGCUAUUCAUCAGGAAAUAAGGAUUUUCAUUUUCAUUUUUCAAAAAUAAUAAAUUUUCAGAGUAGUUUUUACAGUUACAUAAAAAAUGACUGAUUUGGUUCUACUACAGUCAUACCUCAGGUUAAAGACGCUUCAGGUUGAGCGUUUUCAGGUUGCGUCCUGCGGCAACCCAGAAGUACCGGAAAGGGUUACUUCCGGGUUUCGCCACUUGUGUCAAAAUGACGUCACGCGCAUGUGCAGAAGCGGCGAAUCACUAAACACACGCAGACGUGGGUUGCAUUCUGCUCAGGUUGUGAAUGGGGCUCCGGAACCAUAAAAUUACUCAUCUCCUACUAUCCUUCCGAGAAAUAUCCCACCCCACCCUCCCUCUAUAUAUCAGGGUCUGGGGACUUCUGGUUCAGUGUAUCUGAAGAAGUCUGCCUGCGCACGACAGCCAAGUGUUAUUAUCAAUGAAUACAAGGAUUAAGAAAAAGUCAGUCAUGGAGGCGCAGGUCUGUAGUCCUACUACGCUUUCGUUUGGGAACCAUAAAAUCACUCAUCUCCUACUACCCUUCUGAGAAAAAACCCACCCCACCCUCCACUAUAUAUAAGAGUCUGGGGACUUCUGUUUCCGUGUAUCUGAAGAAGGGUGCAUGCACACGAAAGCUUAUACCAAGAACAAACUGAGUUGGUCUCAAAGGCGCUGCUGGACCAUUUUUAAUUUUUUAUUUAGUUAUUCCGACUGUGUCCGACCAACGCGGCUGCCCCCCUGAAUCUAGAUGCAUGCUGAUGGACAGUGUGUGGCGUUGUGUUUGUUAUUAUUUAUUAUUUCUUCUAUUUCUGCACCGCCCCAUCCCUGAAGCUCUCGGGGCGCUUCACGUUAAAAACCACUUGCAUAAAACCAACACGAAAACCAGAUUAUCAGUUGUAUAAUUUAAACAUCAUGUGUGUUUCCUUACUUGUCUACUCCAAUACAGCCACAACACGUGGUUAAUGAAUGUAAUAAAUGCAUUUAUUAAUAGUAGAAUGUCACCCCAAAUUUACAAUUUCCAAAUAAAAUAGAUACCAGUCCAUCACCAAAGAGUAGUCAACGUAAUGAGUUAACAUUUCAAAUAGUGCUGAAGCAACCUGUAUAUUAAAUAACGAAUAAACAAUAAAUUAGGAAUACACACCAAGUAUUUUUUUUAGAAUAUCCAUACAGGUAAAUAUAAUACUUGGGGAUCAGUGCUUACUAACCAGUGUAUCUAGCUGAUGCUGAUAAAACCAAUGUAUAGAACUUAUAAGGUUAUUCACAGAUGUAUCAAAUAACAAAUAAUUAGGAUCAAUGUAGAAGAAGAAGAAGAGUUUGGAUUUUAUAUCCCGCCUUUCACUCCCUUUAAGGAGUCUCAAAGCGGCUAACAUUCUCCUUUCCCUUCCUCCCCCACAACAAACACUCUGUGAGGUGAGUGGGGCUGAGAGACUUCAAAGAAGUGUGAUUGGCCCAAGGUCACCCAGCAGCUGUAUGUGGAGGAGCGGAGACUCAAACCCAGUUCCCCAGAUUACGAGACUACCGCUCUUAACCACUACACCAAAUGUAAGAAACUUUAAAGGUACAGUGCAUCAAAUCUGGCAGCACACCGCAAGCUGAAACCAUAAAGUCACAGGCUGGUUACUUAAAGCCCAUUUUUAAAAUAAAUUUCUUUCUUCUGACAAUUUAUCAGUUAUUACAGUGGUACCUUGGGUUAUAGACGUUUCAGGUUACAGACUCCGCUAAGCCAGAAAGAGUACCUCAGGUUAAGAACUUUGCUUCAGGAUGAGAACAGAAAUCGCGCGGUGGCGGGGCGGCGGCAGCAGUGGGAGGCCCCAUUAACUAAAGUGGUGCUUCAGGUUAAGAACAGUUUCAGGUUAAGAAUGGACCUCCAGAAUGAAUUAAGUUCUUAACCCGAGGUACCACUGUAAUUUAAACAUGUUAUGGGUUGCCUUACUCGCCUAAGCAGAUAGCAAUUGGCAUUUCUGAUGUUAUGUAACUUGUCAUUAUUGUGUUUUAUUUUCUGGAAAGGAUAGCAUUUAUUUUCAACUUUAUAUCGAUUUUAUUAGCAUUGUCCUGAAAAUACUGCCCCGUGUAGAUAUGCUUAUUAAAGAGCGGACUCGUGUAGCAGAGUUUCAUUUGAUAAACUGCUAGGGCACAAAGUCCAUCUUCGGUGAAAUUCCUUGGCGGUUAAAAAUAGUAACAGUGCUUGCUUUUAAGGGAUGAAAGCUUGUGAAAGGCUACUCUUUGUAAGGAUUGGGUGGAGUAUCUAUACAGCAUUAUAAUCAGGGUGGAUUUGAUUUAAAUCGAUUUAAAUCACGAUUUAAACCACUCGUCAGUCAGACUUGAUUUAAACCACUAGUCAGGAAGACUUGAUUUAAAUCCCUUUUUACAGAAAGGUUCAACCUUGCUGGCAUCCUCUGAAUACUGACAACCAGAGGAAGGUUUCCUUUUUGGAAUGAUAAAAUCCCUUUUUAACAGAAAGGUUCAACCUUGCUGGCAUCCUCUUAACAUUGACAAUCGGGAGGAAGGUUUCCUUUUUGGAAUCAUAAUUUUUUCCAGUUAUAUAAAAAUGACUGAUUUGGUUAUACCAUUAGAAAUACUUACAAAAUUAUGGUGAGGUUUAAUAAGUUAACUGUUUCAAUUUGGACAACUUUUCUGCAGUACUUGAUUGGAAGGAGAAAAAUAAUCUUUUCCUGCACAACAAUUUAAACAAUUUAUUUAACUAAAGGAAUAACAUUAUAGCACAUGUAUCCAUGUUUGUUAACUGAUGUGGUUAAACUAUUUUUUUAAAAAAAACCCUUAGACUGAGUUUAGCACUUAAAACAGGCAUCCCCAACCUGUGGCCCUUCAGAUGUUUUGGCGUACAACUCCCAUGAUCCCUAACGGGACCAGUGGUCAGGAAUUAUGGGAAUUGUAGUCCAAAACAUCUGGAGGGCCGAAGGUUAGGGAUGCCUGAUUUAAAACAAAUCCUUAUUUCCUGAUGAAUAGCCUUUGGACUAUAGUGUAACCUAAAUGGAAAACUAUCUUUAGAAUGAUUUAAAAAUCCGAUUUAAAUUAUUAAAAAAUCUGAUUUUUUAAAAAAAACAUUGAUUUUUAUCCACCCAGAUUAUAAUUUUGAAAACACAAUGCAGUAGCUUUAAAGUCGUCUUGUCACCUCAGAAGUUUCCCCAUUCCUAGGUUGACCGUAAUCCGGCUUUGAUUUUAGCAGGAGGAGCCAGAGUCCAAUCAACUGCAUCCGGCCCAGCGCUCUUGGUCCCAUCAAAAGGAAAGGUAUGUGCAGGGGCAAAGGCAGGGGGGUGCCGUGGGGCCGUCCGUCCCGGGUGUCACCACUGGGGGGGGGACACAAAAUGCCGUGGGGCCCUCACCGUGGGGCCUGCGGCCUGCCCGAGCCAUGCGUCUUUCCUGCUCCAGAUCAGGCAUGGCCAAACUUGGCCCUCCAGCUGUUUUGGGACUAUAACUCCCACCACCCCUGACCACUGGUCCUGUUGUUGGGAUAUUGCGUUCCACCUUAAGAACAGACGUGUGGAUUGUUGCAUGUCACAUGUCUGUUUACAGUCCAGCACAGCUUGGAGGAUGGAUGGCGGCUAACAGAUUGAGGUUGAAUCCUGACAAGACAGAAGUACUGUUUUGGGGGGACGGGUGGGCGGGUGUGGGGAACUCCCUGGUCCUAAAUGGGGUAACUGUGCCCCUGAAGGACCGGGUGUGCAGCCUGGGAGUCAUUUUGGACUCACAGCUGUCCAUGGAGGCACAGGUUAAUUCUGUGUCCAGGGCGGCUGUCUAUCAGCUCCACCUGGUACGCAGGCUGAGACCCUACCUGCCUGCGGACUGUCUUGCCAGCGUGGUGCAUGCUCUAGUUAUCUCCCGCUUGGACUACUGCAACGCGCUCUAUGUGGGGCUACCUUUGAAGGUGACCCGGAAACUGCAAUUAAUCCAGAUUGCGGCAGCUAUUCUGGCGACUGGGAGUGGCUCCCAGGACCACAUAACACCGGUCCUGAGAGAUCUGCAUUGGCUCCCAGUACGUUUCCGAGCACAAUUCAAAGUGUUGGUGCUGACCUUUAAAGCCCUAAAUGGCCUCGGUCCUGUAUACCUGAAGGAGCGUCUCCACCCCCAUCGUUCAGCCUGGACGCUGAGAUCCAGCACCGAGGGCCUUCUGGCGGUUCCCUCAUUGCGAGAAGUGAGGUUACAGGGAACCAGACAGAGGGCCUUCUUGGUAGUGGCGCCCGCCCUGUGGAACGCCCUCCCUUCAGAUGUGAAGGAAAGACAUCUGAAGGCAGCCCUGUUUAGGGAAGUUUUUAAUAUUUAAUGCUGUAUUGUUUUUAACACUUGAUUGGAAGCCGCCCAGAGUGGCUGGGGAAGCUCAGCCAGAUGGGCGGGGUAUAAAGAAUAAAUUAUUAUUAUAAAUUAUUAUUAUUAUUAUUAUUAUUAUUAUUAUUAUUGCUGCGAACUUCUGUUUGUGUAUUGCUUUUGCUUUAGCUGUCUUGCUUUGGACACGAAGGAAAGCAGACAUGUUUUCCUUUUGUCCUGAUGUAUGCUGAAUAAACUGCUUGUAAAUAUGCUCACACAACCUCUCUUGCCACUUCUGUUUGCGUGUUUACUCUGCUGAGUAGAGUGCCCCAGCUUCUGAAGCUCGGGUCCAGAUUCAUGCUGAUCCAAGGACUGGAGAUAGCUCGGCACACCAGCCGGUGGGCUGGAGCCAGCUGGGGGCCUGCCAAUUGCCCCGUUUCCUUGGUUGCAUGCCAACAACAGGGUUAUGGGCCCAGAUCCACGGCACUUACACAAGAGUAAGGCUGCUGAUGGAUGCUGCACCACCUGGCAUUUGAUGUGUGUGCCAAGCAAUUAAGGCCGGAGAGAAGCAGGCUGUGUUGAUUUACGACCUGCUAAGAUAAGCGGUUGUGAAGAGCUCAGGUCCUGGCUGAAGUAAAAAGCAGGAAUGGAUCUCUUACAAGCAUCAGAUGGGGCUCCCUGUCCACGUCUAAAUGGACACAAUUAUCAGACCUGGGCAAAGUACUGCAAGGGUCAAUUGAGAAGGCUUGGGGUAUGGAACACUGUUUCUGAAGAUCCCCCAGCUCAAAUAACAGAUGCAUGGUCUGCAGCCGACUCCAAAGCAAUGGGGGCGAUUCUCCUGUCAGUAGCUCCGGAGGAGUUAAUUACCCUGGCUGGCAAGGCGUCUUCACGCCAAAUGUGGAAGGCGUUGAAGGAAUCGCAUCUGAGACAAGAAGCUGGGUCUGUAUUGCUUUACUUCAGAAAGCUGCACAGAAAGAAGCUUGAGCCAGGGGGAGAUCUCAGAGCCCACGUAUUGGACUUCCAGAAGUUAAGACAGGAAUUAGUGCAUAUAGGUUUCAUUAUGCCGGAGUCUUGAUUUGCGGUCCUGAUUUUGGACUCCCUGGAUGAGAGUUACCACGCUGUGGCAAGCCAGCUGGCUACUCUACUUGCUCAAGACCUGACUGCAGCAAAGGUUUUGGCUGUCCUCCAAAAUGAGUGCAGUGGUACCUUGGGUUAAGAACUUAAUUCGUUCCGGAGGUCCGUUCUGAAACUGUUAGUAACCUGAAGCACCACUUUAGCUAAUGGGGCCUCCUGCUGCCGUUGCACAAUUUCUGUUCUCACCCUGAAGCAAAGUUCUUAACUCGAGGUACUAUUUCUGGGUUAGCAGAGUCUGUAACCUGAAGCAUAUGUAACCCAAAGCGUAUGUAACCCGAGGUACCACUGUAUGAUCGGAGGAACGCAGAACCCGAUUGCGUGCUUCAGGGAGAGCAGACUGCGAUGUCAUCUGGGACAGCAUUGCAGCCACCAGGGGAAGCUAAGGCUUUGGCAGCUGUGAAAUGCUAGUCCUGUGAGAAUCAAGGUCACGUCCAACGGAAUUGUCCAAAGGCGAAAGAUAAACAGAGAAAAAAGACUGCAGAUGGCCGGAAGAAGGGGGGCCAAAAGCCCGAAACAGUGCAGAACAAGGCUUUAGUUGCUAGCACUGCUUCUCCAAAGCCUGAUUUGUUGUGGAUUCAUGCGCAUCGCAGCACAUUGCGAGGGACAGACACUUGUUUAUCUCCUUUAUGCCACAGGAUGGGGCAGUUCAACAGGCUGAUGGAAAGACAUUGCGGGUUGCUGGAAUUGGGACAGUGAAACUGACAAGCUUGCACACCACCAUCAGCAAGGUACUGUAUGUUCCUGCUUCAGCAGACAAUUUGCUCAGUAUCCCACAGCUGACUGAGCAAGACUUUGAAAUUUCCUUCAAGAAGGGGGUUUGCAUCAUUUGGAAGAACAAUGAAGGAAUCUUGCAUGCUGAUUUUAUAGAUGGAUUGUUCUUGAUAACUUACGAUGACACUGGUGUUAAUGUGCCUAAUGUUGAAUCUUGUUGUGUUGCACAAACUAACAAAGUUCUUCAUUUAGAUUGUAUUCAUACACAUCAUCAAAGAUUUGGUCACAUGGCAUGGCAAGCGCUCGCCAAGAUGCCAGAGAAGGUUCAAGGUAUGACAAUCAAACUCUGCAGGUAUUAUAUGAAAUGUGUCUCUUGUGCAGAAAACAAAGUGAAGGUUGCACCCAAAGGCAGUGUCUAGCAGGCAGGCGUCUAAAACCUAUUAGCUAGUCCACGCAGACCUGGUUGGUCCACUUUCACCCUCUUUGGGUGGUGCCAGGUACUUCGUGGUUUUAAUUGAUGCUUUUUACAGGUACAUUCAUGUGUUUGUGCUCAAGCAGAAAUCAGAAGCAUUUCCUAGGUUCAAGGCCUUCUGUGCUUGGUUGAAUAAUGCCCAUGGUAGACAACUUGGUUGUUUGUUUACUGACCGAAGUGGGGAAUUCACUUCUCAGCAGUUUGAAGCUUUUUUGACUGAGAAGGGAAUCCAGCACGACCUCUCAAGUUCCAGAUCUCCCUGGGAGAAUGGACUUUGUGAAAGGACAAAUCAAACUUUGCUGCAAGGCCUAAAACCCUUGUUGCAUGAUGCCAAUCUUCCUGAGAAAUAUUGGGCAGAGUCGCUGAAUAAUUUUGUUUACACGUAUAACAGGAGAUUGUCUUCACCUAUCGGCUGUACUCCCUAUGAGAAGAUGUUUGGUAAGAAACCUUACGUCAAGCACAUGAGAAUCUUUGGUUCUGACAUGUGGGUCCACACCCCACAGAGCAGCAAGCUUGGGAAGCGUGGGGCACAUGGUUUGUUCAUGGGGUAUGAAAAAGGUGCAUACAGGGUACUCAUGACUGACACUAAGACCAUACGGUUCACAAAGAGUGUUGAAUACAAUCCCAAGGGGGGGGGGAAUGUGGGGAUUUUCCAGAGUCACUCAGAAGAUGAGGAUGCUGAGGUAGCAGAGGAAGCUGAGGAUGAUGAUCAGAGUUCAGAUUCCAGCUUAGUGGGCGGUGCUGCUGCUGAUGUCAGCGACAGUGAUGACACAGCAGACUACAAGAGCGCAAAGGCCUCACUCAGACCAUCUGAUGGGUUUGACACUAAACUGGAAGAACCACUGUUCACCAUUGGCCACCAUUCUCCUAAGAAGGAGGAGAUGAGUGCUGAAGACUUGCAUCUAGUAUGCAGAUCUGCAAGGGCCACAAAAGGCAAACCUCCAAAGAGAUUUGCUGAUGAGUUUGCUAAGACAGCAACAGCUGUUGUUAGUAGCUGAUCCAAGGACUGGAGAUUGCCCAACACACCAGCCAGUGAGCUAGAGCCAGCUGGGGGCCUGCCAAUUGCCCCCAUUUCCUUGGUUGUAUGCCAACACCUAUUAGCUAGGGACAAUGGGAGUUGUAGUCUCAAAACAUCCGGAGGGCAGAGUCUGCCUAUGCCUGGAGUCGAGGAGCGGGUGCCUGAAAUGAUCAUCACCCAGAGACUUGGUUUGGUUGUCUUGUUUUGCUGCUAUGAGGCAAGCUUCAAACUGCUGCUUUUUGAAGGUCUCCUCCUCCAAUCUGAACCAAAUCUGCUUGAUUUUGGUAGGAAAAAUGGAAACCGAAAGCCAGCCGAAGAGACUUUUCCAAGGAACCACCAACAUUCUUUCUCCCGACGUGACCCACCUGUCAGACCUCAGCUCAUGGUAAAAUUAAUCUUAAUAAUGCAUAUACUACUCAUCUUGGCCCAGAAAUGGUUUGCCAUGUCUUUUGAUGUUCUAGCAUUCCAAAAUAGUUCCUACCCAGGGUGGAUAAAAAUCAAUGAUUUAAAAAAAAAAAAAAAAAAAGGGAUUUUAUAUUUAAAUCUGAUUUUUUCUACUUAAAUUGGAUUUUUAAAAAUUUAAAUCCGAUUUCUAAAACAAAAUGCUUUUGGAGGAAAAAUCUUUCUAAAGCUUUUUUAUUUAAGUGACAUUCUAGUCCAGGCAUAGGCAAACUCGACCCUUUAGAUGUUUGGGGACUACAACUCCCGUCAUCCCUGACCACUGGUCCUGUUAGCUAGGGAUGAUGGGAGUUAAGUUUCUUCGGAUUCGUUGUUUUUUGUUUGUUUUUGCAUUCACUUUAUGUGCACUUUAUCAGAACAAAAUGAGUUGGUCUAUAACAGGCAUAGGCAAACUCCGGCCCUCCAGAUGUUGGGGACUACAAUUCCCAUCAUCCCUAGCUAGCAGGACCAGUGGUCAGGGAUGGUGGGAAUUGUAGUCCUCAAACAGCUGGAAGGCCAAGUUGGGCCACCACUGCUCUAGAUCAGGUGUGGCCCAACUUGGCCAUCCAGCUGUUUUUGGACUACAACUCCCAUCAUCCCUAGCUCACAGGACCAGUGGUCAGGGAUUAUGGGAAAUGUAACAUAGGAGUUUGCCUAUGCCUGCUCUAAGAUUCUACUGGACAUUUUUUUAAUUUUUAAUUUUCAUUUCAUGUGCCCUGACUGAAGCUUGUGGUUUCCCCUCGUGCCCUGCAGUUUGUCCUCGGACGCCCUCGACGGGAGCUCCAGCAGUGCCAGGCUUUCCUCCGACUCCCUGGCCAAAGGCGCCGUGGCGGAAGCACCUGUUGUGCGAUCCGAACCCCCUUCAUCUUGAUGGAUGACCUUUCCCCCAAGUGA